AUGGAUAUUAAUGUUAAGCUCCUACAAGCAUCUCUACAGGUAUCACAACUAUCGCAAAAUGUUAUUGUGCAUUCAAAUGCCCUCAGUGCAAUACCGGACAAAUGUAUACUCUAUAGUGACAAUCGUAAUAUUGGCGAUGGUCAUGUAGUUUGUGGCAUAUCAUCAUUAAAGGACAUCAAUGUGCUAGUACCUGCAGGUUACUCGAUCAGACAGAUUAUAAACAGUACGCGACUUGAUGCCUUAGUUGCUGAGGAUAUCGAUGUAAUGAAAAUAGAUGUUGAAGGAUCCGAAUUACAUGCAAUACUUAGUGGCAUUGGAUUAUUUGACCGAUAUCGAGUUCGUCACAUUAUAUCAGAGUUUUCUCCUAGAAUGAUGCGAGAUAAAAAGUCCGAUCCAUAUGAAUAUCUCAACUUCUUCGUCUCUCGUGGAUACAAUAUUCGAAUUGUUAAUGAUCCAUUACCUGACUUAUAUGAACGAAACGCUUGGCAGACAGUGUCUAUUUAUAGAUCUGAGGAAGAUCUACGAAAAUUAAGUAAUGGUGGAGAGUUGGAAUUAUGGUUUACAAAAAAUUAA